AUGAUAUCGAUUCCUUCGCUAACUCACCUUUAUCCCAAUUCGGUCUCGAGUCUGAUUCGUCAUCCCCAUCCUCCUUCUGUUCCUUGGAUUUGGAUUGCGAUUCCGGCGUCUGAUUCGUCAUCCCCAUCCUCCUUCUGUUCCUUGGAUUUGGAUUGCGAUCCCGGCGAAAACUCCCUUUCGGUAUUUCCCUACGAUGAUCAUCCCUCCCCAUUGCUUGGCAUGCCCGAUCCAAUAAUGCCUGCUAUAGCAAUGAAUGAUUCAUUAGCAACUACAACAGCUCCUACGCGAAGGCCAAUGUUGGUGCGAAAACGAAUGCAUGAAUGUUCAAUGGUGUGUUGGCUUUUUCGCACGUUACUAACAUCCGAAUAUCGUGCUUUACCUCUGAAUGCCAUAUUCGAGAUUUUCGAAGAUACAUUGAUUGAACUGUUUGUAGAAUCCGUCUUCUGCCCACGGCCGACAUUGGCGCCAAUCCAUACGACAUUGCCUAAUGUCCUCUGCAGUGUUCGUUAG